UCCCCACAUUUGUUUAAAUCAGUUUCUGGUACUUACCAAAACCUUCCUAGUAGCUUCCAUAUUUUCUUAUCAUUUUGUGCAGGUCACACUCCUUUCUUAUAUAAGAACUAGAGAUGAGCUCUGCGGAAGAGUCCAUCUCCAAUAUAUCUGAUAUUCAUGAUCAAGGAGAACACCAUUCAAAAAUCUAUCAAGCUGAGAGCACUGAGUUGAACCCAACUCUUCUGGAGAGCACAGAGGAUUUUGAAAUAAUAGACAGCGCAGUGGAAGAAGAUGAUCUGAGCGAUCUUCCUCUUUUGGAGGAUGUAGAGAAGAAGGAGGAGAAGCCUGCAACAGAGAAUGAUUCAAAUAAACAGCAGACAGAUGCAAAAGAGGUAGAAGAAUGGCUGGAUAUUCUAGGUAAUGGGAUCCUGAAAAAGAAGGUUUUAAUCUCUGGAAAGGGUGCUGAAAGUCGACCAAGAAAAGGACAGGAUGUUACCGUGCGGCUAAAGUCCAUGCUGGAGGAUGAAAAUGUAGUAGAAGAUCAAGAAUCGCUUACCUUCACAUUGGGAGACGGUGAUGUCAUUCAGGCCCUGGAUCUGUGUGUUCAGCUCAUGGAGGAAGGAGAAACUUCACUCAUUGCAUCAGAUGCCAAGUACUGUUAUGGAAAGGAAGGCAGGAGUCCGGACAUUCCUCCCAACUCCAACUUAAACCUUGAAGUGACCCUGCUGGUUGUCCAGGAUGGACCAGACGUGGAGAACCUUUCUGGACAGGUGAAGCUAAAUUUGGCCAACAAGAAACGGGAACGGGGCAAUUUCUAUUACCAGCAAGCUGACUAUGUCUUUGCUGUAAAUUCUUAUGACAUAGCACUAAAUGUUGUGAAUUCAAGUUCCAAAGUUGAUUUCAGUUCAGAAGAAGAAGCAUCUCUACUGGAUGUAAAAAUUAAAUGUCUGAACAACCUAGCAGCAUCUCAGCUGAAAUUAGACCAUUAUGAGGCUGCCCUGAAAUCUUGUAAUAUGGUAAUGGAGCACCAGCCUGAAAACAUAAAGGCUCUGUUCCGAAAAGGAAAGGUGACUGACCCUUAA